UUAGCUUCGUUCUUCUCUGCUGUUUUGCUGGCAGACAACACGUACUUGCGGUUCUUGCAGCAGACUCGGAGACAUUUUUUCAGAGGCAUGGUGCGUAUACUGUUCGUUCAUCCCGAUUUGGGCAUUGGCGGUGCCGAGCGGCUCGUUGUGGAUGCGGCGUUAGCUCUGCAAAGCAAGGGUCACACGGUCAGCUUUCUGACCAACCACCAUGACCCGAGCCACUGUUUCGACGAGACGAAGGAUGGGCGGUUGCCGGUAAUGACGGUCGGCGACUGGCUGCCGAGGGACAUCUUUGGCAAGUUUUAUGCCGUGUGCGCUUACAUACGCAUGGUGUACGCUGCCUUCUACUACAGCUUGUUCCUGUCGAAGAAAGAGCCGGUGGAUGUGGUUUUCUGUGACUUAAUCUCGCUUGGUAUUCCCAUUUUUCGACUGGCACGGCCUAACCCCAAGAUCCUGUUCUACUGCCACUAUCCGGACCAGCUGCUUUCCAAACCGGGCAGCCUCCUCAAGCAGUACUACCGAAUGCCGCUCAACUACCUCGAAGAAGUUACAACGGCCCAGGCAGAUGGCAUUCUGGUGAACAGUAAGUUCACCAGCCGUGUAUUUAAGGAAACGUUCAAGCGCAUUGCAACCGAUCCGGAUGUGCUGUAUCCGUCGCUAAACACCCGAUUCUUCGACGAAACUGCCAUCGACGAGUCGGACCAGGUGGUUAAGCUGCCGAACGAUGCUUUCGUGUUUCUCUCGAUAAAUCGCUACGAGCGCAAAAAGAAUCUUUCUCUCGCUUUGCACGCGUUCAAGGCACUGCAGGAGUUGAUAUCCCCAGGCGAGUGGCACAAGGUGUGCCUCAUAAUGGCCGGAGGAUACGACGAUCGCGUGAUGGAGAAUGUGGAGCAUUACGAUGAGUUGGAAGAGCUGGCGGAAGAUAUGCAGAUACGUGCCAAAGUACGUCUGCUGAAGUCUCCCACCGAUCGGCAAAAGCUGGCCCUCCUGCACCGUGCCCAGGCAUUAGUUUACACGCCAGAAUUCGAGCAUUUCGGAAUCGUUCCGCUGGAAGGAAUGUACCUUUCGAAACCGGUUAUCGCAGCCAACAGUGGCGGUCCGAUGGAGACCAUCAUACACGAGCAGACCGGGUUCUUGUGCGAACCCGUCCCGAAGGAGUUUGCGGCGGCAAUGGCCAAGCUGGUGAAGGAUGACAAGCACUGCGAACGCAUGGGAGCCAUGGGACGGAAGCGAGUGCAGCAGAGAUUCUCAUUCGAGGCGUUCAGUACCAAGCUGGACAACGUCGUGACCGAUCUGAUUGGGCGGGAUGGAGAGAAAAAGUUUAAAUAGCAUAGGUGGUGCUUGUUGCUUUCCACAUUGCUGGCGAUUCAUGGCAUGCCCGGGUUUAGCUGUGAUUUCCCGUGGCAACCCAUGUUUGCAUUUCCAGUGGGUCGAUAAAGUGACUUAGGGCCGCACUGAAUUUCAGCAUGUAAAUUACGUAUCUCUCUUGUGGCGCCCUCCAUGUGGCGCAUUAUCGUACAGUCCAUGAUAUCUUAAUGCACACGUAGCACAUUAUUGCGAUUAGCCAGCGUAGUAGUGAGACGGGUUAGUCCAGUCCAGUAGCUUGUCGAGUUGUAGUUAAUGUUUUAGCAUUCACAAAUAAACUUCUUACCAAAGGCUUCCGACAUUCAACCGCGAUGUACAGAAGUUUCGUAUUUUGAAAUCCAUCAAA